AUGAUUGAAUCAAUAGGGCAUUUGGAGGAGUGGUGGCUCUCCUCCGGAUUCAAGCACCUAACCGAUCUCGUCAAUGUCGAUAGCCUCGGUCUCGGUCCCGGACAAGUCGGUUUCGUUGAAGCCAUCCAGAAGAAACUCAAGGCGUUUGAUAACGACGACCUUCACCGUCAACUUUACAAAGAUGAAUCAAGUCCGCUCCCACCGUCCGCUAUGCCUAACUCUCGUAAAAAACUCGGCACUAUCAAGGGCGUAUUCGAACGAACAAAAGAUGGACGACUAGAUCAUAUUCAGACAUUCGAAGUAUUGGCUAUGCUUGAGCAGAUUGAAAUCCAUCGCAAACGGCUUGCAGCUUCCGCAAAACAAGUAAUAGACGGUGGGUUGCUGAAGGACCAUAUCUCCCUGUUGAUCAAGAAGCAUGGCGCAGCAAGCGAAACAUAUUCGUCUCUUCAACUUUAUUUUCGCGCACAUUGUAUGGUAGACUCUCUACCGCAAAACAACAUAGAUAGGGACCAAGCAGCAAAGAUCAUGGCCCGGUUGAAUGCGCUGUUCCCUCCAAAUUUCAAAGCGUGUGGAAAAGAUGAAGAUGAAGUCGAACCUUCAUCUGAUAUAGUAAACUUACGAGGUGAAAUACGACUUUGUAUUUAUGAGCACCUGAUGAGACCGAACAAGAUGCUACAGGACAAUGAACAAUCGUUCAAGGUCAACUUUACUUCACCGUGUAGCAUUCCCAGCUACGAGAUUUGUCGAAACAGCAUGGUCAAGUAUGCUGAAGAAUUCCAGAAGUUUGAGGAACUAUGCUUCAUAAUUUUCCGCCAGAUCGAAGAGGCUCGUGAUGACAGUCCACCGACGUGGUUAAAAGUACCUUUAUCGAACGGCUCAGAGAUCCAUGGAAUAGUCCAAACAGCUUACCGUUCUUGGAAUACCAUCGCGGUUAAGACCAGCACUGUCGCAAGAACAUCUUCCAAUUCGAGACAUACUUCGUCACCAACUCUCACGGGCCUCAUUGCAUCUCAGAAUACCAAUCCACUCCUCGAAGACAUGCCCGGGCAUGAGCUGUCAGCCGCGAAGAAGAGUAUUGCCGCCUUUUCACUUGACUCUCCCACUCCAGAUGAUCUCGAUUGUUCAGAAUUUCAUAUCCAUCCACUUUUCCAAGAUCAAAAACCGGCGUCAGACGAAAUGAAGCGACCAGGCGUCAUCCUCGUCAAGAAGCGUUCAAGUCGAAAUUUCUAG